CUAUACUAAAUCAUGGCUCUUAAAAUUCCAAAGAUUGGUCUUCCUCAGAUGCUCAAGGAUGGCUACCAGCACAUGCAAGGUCUGGAGGAAGCUGUUUAUCGCAACAUUGCUGCUACAAAAGAAUUGACUGAAAUUACUCGCACUUCGUUGGGUCCAAAUGGUCGCAACAAAAUGGUUAUUAAUCAUCUCGAAAAGCUCUUUGUUACUAGUGAUGCUGCUACCAUCAUGAAGGAACUCGAGGUCGUGCAUCCCGCUGCUCGUCUGCUUGUUCUUGCUUCCCAACAGCAAGAAACUGAGAUGGGCGAUGCUACCAAUUUCGUUGUUGUUUUUGCUGGCGAAUUGCUACAGCAGGCAGAGUAUCUUUUGAGAAUGGGAUUGCAUCCUUCUGAAGUCAUUCAAGGCUACGAUCUUGCUUGUAAAAAAGCUCUUGAAACUCUUGAAACUCUUUCUAUUGAAACCAUUACAGACUGUCUUAAACAAUCCGAACUGCUCAAGGUUGUUCGUAGUUCCAUCUGCUCCAAACAAUAUGGAUAUGAGGAUCUCUUGUCUGAACUAGUUGUCAAGGCUGCUCUCGAGGUCAUGCCCAAGAAUACCUUCAACUUUAACGUUGAUAGUAUUCGUGUUGUCAAGAUUCUUGGUGCUAGUAUCCACGAUUCUGUAGUCAUCAAAGGCAUGGUUUUUGGUCGCGAACCAGAAACCGUUGUUCAACAUGCAACCAAGUGCAAGAUUGCAAUCUUUACCUCUGGUAUUGAUGUCGCUCUUACCGAAACCAAAGGCACUGUUUUAAUCAAGAAUGCAGACGAUAUGCUCAACUUUAGCAAGGGUGAAGAAAAGCGUCUUGAAGCUGCUAUCAAGGAACUUGCCGAUGCUGGUGUUAAAGUCGUUGUUGCUGGUAGCACCAUUGGCGAACUGGCUCUUCACUUUUUCAAUAGAUUCAACUUGCUGGCUGUUAAAGUAUUGUCCAAGUUUGAUUUACGUCGUCUAUGCAGAGUUACCGGUGCUACGGCUUUGACCCGUUUUGGUGUUCCUACCGCAGAGGAGAUGGGCCACUGCGAUAUUGUCGAGGCUGUUGAGAUUGGUAGUGAUCGUUGCACCGUCUUUCGUCAAGACGAUGAGUCUACUAAAACUUCCACGAUUGUUCUUCGCGGAGGCACUCAAAAUACACUGGAUGAUCUUGAGCGUGCUGUAGAUGAUGGUGUCAAUGUCAUCAAGGCUGUGACAAAGGAUGGCCGUCUUCUCGCCGGUGCCGGUGCUGUAGAAAUUGAACUUGCUCGCAUGCUGCAGACUUUAUCUGAAAAAACUCCUGGUUUGAGCCAAUACGCUAUCCAAAAGUUUUCCCAAUCUCUCGAAGUUAUCCCACGCACUCUUUCCGAAAACGCCGGUCUUGAUAGCACUGAAGUGAUUUCCAAUCUAUACGCUGCCCAUACUCUUGGAAAAACAACAUUUGGUGUUGAUAUCGAGAGUGAAAAGCAAGGUAUUUUGGAUGCCAAGGAACAUGGCAUCUUUGACAUUUUGUCUAUUAAAAAGUAUGCGAUCAAACAGGCUGCACAUGUCGCUGUGACUAUCUUGAGCAUUGAUCAGAUUAUUAUGAGCAAACCGGCUGGUGGACCCAAGGUCAAGGAGCCCAGCAAGGACUGGGAUGAGGAUUAGUCACGCCAUCAUGUCUAGUUCAGCAGUGUUUUAUCCUAGUUGAACACUCUGAUUUUGCGUACCUCUCAUGUUCUGUUUUUUUCUCUACUUGUUUGCGAUGCAAUGUCUUUUUUUCCAUCUUACAAAUGAAUCAAUGUGAUUGAUAGUUG